AUGUCCACCAAAUGCAUCCAAUCAUGCCCUACAGGUCUUCCUGCUAAGCUGACUGUCGAGCCACAGGGCCCUGUGUUCAUUGGAGAGACGGUCACUCUGACAUGCGAGAUAGAGUUUCUCAGUGGCUGGACAUAUAAGUGGUAUAGAGGUCUCCAUCUGGUGUCUGAGACUGAGAAAAACACUUUCAGCAUCAGUGGAGCUGGUUACUCUGAUGAGGGCCAGUACUGGUGUAGGGGGAAGAGGAGAGACAGACCCACAGCAUCAGAGACCAGUGCAAUCAUCUUUAUUGCUAUCCAAGGCCUGCCGAUGACAACACUAACUGUAGAGCCUCAGAGUCCUGUGUUCACUGGAGAGACUGUCACUUUCAAGUGCACAAUAUAUGGUUUUGAUGGCUGGGCGUAUAAAUGGUUCAAAGAACCCAGUUCAAAUCCUGUGAUUGAGUCAAAUGGAAACACCCUCACCAUCAGAGGAGCUGCUGAGUCUCAUAAGGGCCAGUACUGGUGUCAGGGGGAGAGGAGAGACAGACCCACAAUAUCACGCCCCAGUGGAUCAGUGACUCUCAACGUGAUGGGUUCUCCGGCCAAACCUAGACUCUCUCUCAAGGGCACUGCACCGGUUCUUACUGGAGACCACAUCUCGCUGACCUGUGAAUUGCCGUCUGCUGGGUGGCUCUUCUACUAUUACAAAACCACACCUGACUCACAGCAUGUUAGUGUGUCUGAAAUAAAUUCCUACAGCAUCAGUCCUGCUAAAGUCUCUGAUGGAGGACAGUACUGGUGCAGAGCUGGGAGAGGAGACCCAGUCUACUACACACAGUACAGCAAUGCAUUGUGGGUAAAUGUCACUGAGAGACCAAAAGCUGUUGUGAGUAUGGAGCUUAAUUGGACACACAUCUUCCAUGGAGAGACAGUCACCCUACGGUGUAACAUCCAGACAGAUGACAACCAUGAGUGGGAGUACAGCUGGUACAGGAAUGGGAUUCAUCUGUCUAUAAAUCAACUCCAUACAUUCACUACAACACAUGUAUACAAAGACAAGUACAUGUGUCAGGGACGACAGAAAAGCAACCAAAAGGAGUCAGACUUAAGUGAAGCUUUUACUCUGAAUGUGACUGAAAAACCAACGCCAGUUCUUAGAGGACCUCCACAUAUCUGGCUGACUGAAGGAGACUCAGUGACUCUGAGCUGUGAGGUUACAGGCUCCGCUACAGGCUGGAGAUUCCACUGGUACAAAACAGUUCCUUUUAGAAACAGAUUACCCGCUGUUACAUAUGAAGGCACAACAUUCUAUCUUGAGCUUCUCUCUGAUGGUGAGAGAGGAAGUGGAGGCUCCUACACUCUCAGCCCUGCUGCUCUUAGACACACAGGGGUUUAUGUGUGCAGAGCAGAGAGAGGAGAGCCAGCCUAUCACACAGAGUUCAGCCAACUCAAGCCCAUUUUUAUUGCAGGUGUGCCUUCAGCCUCCUUGGUGAUUAAACCCAAUAGAACUCAGCACUUCAACGGUGACUCUCUCUCCCUGAGCUGUGAGGUACAGGGCAACUCCACUGGAUGGAGACUGAGGUGGUUCACGAAGAGAGAGGAAAAAUCACAGUGUCCAUAUUCAUGGAAAACAUUGGGUCCUCGAUGUCGUACUGACUUGGACUUAACUGACAGCGGCGUGUACUGGUGUCAGUCAGACAACAAUGCGUACAGUCACAUUGUCAACAUCACUGUGCACAAUGGGCAUGUGAUCAUUGACAGUCCUGCCUACCCAGUGACUGAGGGAGAUGCUUUGAGUCUGCGCUGUGUGUAUCGCAUUCAGCCGCCUGACUUCCACGCUAAUUUCUUUAAAGACCACUUGCCUUUGAAAAACCAUACAAGAGGAGAGAUGACCAUCACUGCUGUCUCAAGGAAGGAUGAGGGCUACUACCAAUGUGAGAACUCACAAGGAAUAUCACCCGAGGCCUAUGUUACAGUUAAAGCCUCUCUCUCAGAGCCGGGGUCCUCUCAUGUGCUAGUCACUGUGUCUGUGGUACUGGUGACUCUCUUCAUUUUGGUCAUCAUACUGGCCCUGAUUUACUCUAAAAAAUUCAAGGGUUUGUACAAUCACACAACAACUAUUGCUCAUCAAGAUCAGAACCUUAAUGACCAAACUCAACAUCUAAAUCAGCAAGGAUAUACUCAUCUGGAGAGUGGGGAAGAGGACACAGCUACAGAACUUGUGUAUUCAGAACUCAAAGCAGGAGGCAGUACAGAUGAACACGUGCCCAGUGAUGUGAUCUACGCUACGGGCAAGAUCAGCCACAACAUGGCGAUGUGA